AUGCAUCAUAUCUGCACUCUUAAGUCAACCCACCAAACCGCACAAACCCCACAACAACAACACAAACAAAACAACCACCCCCAAAAACCAACCACAAAACAACAAAACCAAACCCACAACAACACCCCCCACAAAACAACAACCCCACCACACCACACACACAAAAACCCAACCCACCCAACCACCACACACCAACCACCCACACCCCAACCACACCAACACACCCAAACACACAAAACAAACAGCACCACACCACACACAAACACCACACAACCCAAAACAACAACACCACCCACACAAAACAACACACAACCCACAGACACCAACCAAAACAAAACACAACCAAACCCACCCCACCACACAACCCAACACCCCAAAAACCCACACAAAAACACCAACCAAAAACAAAAAACAGAACAACACACAACACAAAAAACAACAAACCACCAAGAAACACAAAAACCCCACCAACACACCCAAAAACAACAACCAAAACCCACACAAAACCAACCCACAACCACAACACAAACACACACACAAAACAAACAAACAAAAACCACCCACACAAAAACAACCGACAACCAACACCAAAAACCAAAAACAACCAAAAAACCACCCAACCAACCAAACACCACCCACACACACCAAACAACAAAACCACCACCCAACACAACCACAAACACACACCACCACACAACCACACACACACACGAACAAACACACACCACAACAACCAACCACAAAACACAACACCCCAACACAAACAAACCCAACACACAACAAACAAACAGAAAAAACACACAACACCCAAAACCCACAAACAAACACACAACAAACACACAAACCCACCCAACCCACACCCACCCAAAAGCACCACCAACUCCAACACAACAACCCACAACACAACACCCAACCCCAAAAACACAACCCACAAACAAAACAUCCACAACACAAACAAAACACCACCACCAACACACACCACGACCAAAAAACAACAACAACACACACCCAAACAAACCACACACACACACCAACCCACAUGCAACACAACCACACAACACAGAGGAGGAAAGGCAAGACGGGGAAGCGGCGAGGAGUGAACGUAUGAAUGUCAUGGGGUAG